GAGCAGCAAACCAACACAAGUGGGAUGGUCGCCGCCAAAUUAUGCCUUGACGUACCGUGGUGAUCCUUGUAUGCGCAUGCAUGCAAAGCUGCGUGAAUGCACAGGGCGCCACUGUAGCCGCAGCCAACUUCAUCUCCACCCAGAAACCCGGCAACCGAGCGCUAAACGCUACCGUCAGUAACUCAGCUACGAUCGACCCUCCACUGCAAUCGACACAACGGCCACCAGGAUCUUCGCCUCCGAAGCCAAACAAGGAGGACCCUGAUGGCCCUUCGAACCCAAGAAAUGACGCCACAGAACCGUCGAAGCCUCCCGGCAACGACUACAUGUGCGGCAAUUACCGAGGAUGCUAUCCAUGGGCAGCCGUCUAUGUUGCAGUAGGUUUGUUUGUCAUACUCUUGAUGGGGAUGGUGUACGUCAUCUACAAACGGCGAAGUGUGCGUCGAUUUGUGAGCAACGUCCACUCGCCUCCCUUACUGGAAAUGCACAAUGGUCGCGCGAAGAAGCACGUGGUAGAAGGACGGGCGCCAGGCGUGCAGACUCUGCCAGACGUCAUUCCCCCGCGGAGCCCUUCCACCGUAGACCACACUCGUAUGCUGCACCGACAACACUAAUCCAACCACUUUGCUCCAUGAGUUGCAUCUGAA